GCAAGCAACAAGUGGGGAGCUGCCCAUGUAUAUAAAGGCUUGAGGAGCCCAGCAGAUCCGGAGAACAGAGCUGUGCUGCCUCCCCGCCCUGCAUCAAGAGAUGGAUGCUAUACUGAGCUGCACUGAGGAGUCCUUGGGGCCAGAUUAUUACACCCUGCUGGGAUGUGAUGAGCUGUCCACGGUUGAACAAAUUCUUGCAGAAUAUAAAGUCAGAGCUCUUGAAUGCCAUCCCGACAAACACCAAGGAAACCAGAAAGCAGUUGAAGAGUUUCAAAAACUCCAGCAAGCCAAAGACACCUUAACAAAUGAAGACAGUCGCGCUCAUUACGAUUACUGGAGACGGAGCAAAAUCAGUAUCCCAUUUACGCAAUGGGAAGCUUUGCAGGAUUCUAUUAAAAUGUCAAUGCACUGGGCUGUAAAGAACAAGAAGGAAGCGAUGCUGGAGGCCCCAAACAAGCCCUCAGAUGAAGUACAAGAUGACAUCUUAAUUGAUGCGGAAGAAAAGAAAAACCCGGUCAGCGAUGAAAAUGAGGAUUAUGUCAUCGAGAAACCUCAAGAAAAUAUUGAUUCAAUCUCGCCUAAAAGUCCAGAAGGUAACCCCAGGAUUGAAAGUCUGGACAUGACACACUGUCUCCUGCGCUUCCGCUGGUCCGCUGAGGCUCCGUCUGACCUUCUUCGGAAAUUCAGAAAUUAUGAAAUUUAAGAUCCUUUCCCUUAGGUGUUCCAGUAUGUUUUUUUUUCUUACUGUGUAUA